AACCUGACAGGAGAGCAGAGGAUCUCUGUGAGCUGUCCACAUUUGGGUAACCAGAAUGCUGCGGUACGUUGUGGCCCUCUGUCUCCUGGCUUUGUCCUGGGCGCAGGACUGCCAGGUGGCCAACAUCCAGGUCAUGCAGAACUUUGACAGGACCAGGUAUGCAGGGACGUGGUAUGCCGUAGCAAAGAAGGACCCAGAGGGUUUGUUCUUAAUUGACAACAUCAUUGCCCAGUUUAUUGUUGCAGAAGACGGCAAGAUGACUGCCACUGCUAAGGGCAGAGUCAUCAUCCUCAACAAUUGGGAAAUGUGCGCCGACAUGUUGGCCACCUUUCAGGAAUCCGCUGACCCUGCCAAGUUCAGGAUGAAGUACUGGGGAGCUGCAGCCUACCUGCAGACUGGAGAUGAUGAGCACUGGGUCAUCGACACCGACUACGAUAACUACGCCAUCCACUACUCCUGCAGAUUGGUAAACGAGGACGGCACCUGCCUGGACAGCUACUCCUUCAUAUUCUCCCGUUACCCGACCGGUCUGAGGCCGGAGGACCAGCGCAUCGUCAACCAGAAGAAGCUGGACCUCUGCCUUCUGGGCAAAUACAGACGCGUUGCACACAAUGGCUUCUGUGAUAGCAGCUGAUCUGUCGACUCUCAGAAAGCUUCUUUUUGAAGGACUGUUCGCCCCUCUGCUGGUCUUGGACUGAAUCCCACCAGAGUCCUCUCUCCUCCACUGACUUUGUCUAUGUGAACUGAGAAAGUAGUCCAUUCCUCCUCAAAAAUACACCAAAAAAUGGCGAACUAUAAACUGUGACAAUCUGCAUGACUAUACUGUAAAUAGAAAGGAAGGAUGAUUGUUGAUGCUGGUUCGUUCGCUUAAAUUUGCUCAUUAGUAACGGAGAUUCUGCUCUCUGGUUCCAGUAUUAGAUCACCAAAAACGUUGACAAGUAAUCAGUUAUGAAAAUCUGUUGUAAGUGAAGCUGAACUCUCAGCAUUGUUGCAGCUCUGGAGUAUAACCACCAUGUUUACUAAAACAAAAACAGGUUCACAAGCCACUGGCUUUGCUUUUACACUGAAGGACUUACAGUGUCUCGCAGCACAAAAGCAGAUACUGUUAAGAAACCUUAAUACACACAUACAAAGUCAUGUGUUAUACAGACAUAUUAGUGUGGUCGUCUCUUGAUUGUAUGAUGUAUACUUCUUGAUCCAGUUUUUGAAAUAAAACAUUCAUAUCGUG